AAAGAAGCUGCUUCGCUAGCUUUGUAUAAAAGCAGAUGGGCCGCGCGAAAGUGGCAUCAAUCGUUAAUCGGGAACAGCUCGACGAGCAACGGACGAGCCCGAGAGACAGUUAGAAAGAGCGAGCGAAAGAGAGAGCAAUAUUAAGGAGUUAAGCGAAAUGAAGAUCAUUGUUUGUCUACUGGCCACCUUGGGCAUCUGUAAUGCCACCUUUCUAUCGUUCCUGGGCGGCGGCGGCGGCGGCGGUGGUGGUCUUGGCGGUAGCACCAAAACUACCUACGAUAUUAUAGCGACACCAAACGGUGGUGGUGUUGGUGGUGGACAUGGAUAUGGACAUGGCGGCGGCGGCGGCGGCGGUGGAUCUUACAGUCAUGGACAUGCACAUGGUGGUGGCGGCGGUGGAUCGCCACAACUUAUCAAGAUCAUACUGCAGGAUGGUGGACAAGGCUAUGGCGGUGGCGGUGGCGGUGGCGGUGGUGGCGGCUAUGGACAUGGCUAUGCCAGCGGACACGAUCAUGGCGGCAACUAUGGCGAACAGGUGUUCAAGGUGAUUGAGCAUGCGGCGCCAGCGGCGGGCAUUGCCUAUCAUGGCAAUAGCGGGGGCAGCUCCGGCGGCGGCUAUUCCUAUGGUCAGUCGUAUGCCUCCGGUCAUAGCUAUGGAGGUGGCGGCUAUCAGAGCCACCAGUUGAAUGCAAUUCUGCCCCAGAUUAUUCAGCUUGUACUGCAGGAGGAUGCCUUGUACGGCGGUGGUGGCGGCGGUGGCGGCGGCGGCUAUGGCAAUGUGGAUGCCAUCAACGGCCAGCUCAUUGAUACAUUCGGGCAGCGGGGCAAGGCGAUUAUUAUGCGGGCGGAGAAAGCGCAGGGCGCCUUCUUCAAGAGCGGCCAUGUGGUGCAGCGUGGCACACUCAAAGUGAUGCGCGUCCAGGAGAACCAGCAGCAGCAGCAGCAC